UUAGUUUUGUAGAGGCUUUUUUAAAAGUUUAGAUUAAGAGAAAAAUAAGUAUCUAAAAAAAAGAAUUUUGAAACAAAAAAGAAAAAUUUAAUAGAUUCGCAAAAUUUCCAAGAAAAAAAAAAAUUGAAAUAUUAAAAAAUGCAAGUUAAAACCCUUUAAUACACUAAAUAACAGCUACUUGACUCCUUCAAAAAGAAGUAAAAUGAUCAAAUUAGAGAAUUGAUUAUGCAAGAAACAGGAGUUGAUCUAUUCACAGAACUUCCAUAAGAAGCUGUUAAUAAAUAAUAGGAUUAGUUGGCAUUAGACCUAAAUCAAGGAUUUUUCAAGAAUAAAAAAGGUUUUAUUAACAAAAAUAAUAACAAUAACUAAAACUUUAGAGGAGACAACAACAACAACAAAUUUAGCAAUGAUUUCAAGAGAGGACCAUUAAACAAUAAGAACCAAGAAAGUGGUGAUGGUAUGAGAUUCAACAGAAAAAAUUAAGGAGGAUAAUAAGCACAACAAAGUUUAAAAGAGCUUAUUCCCGUUUUUCAAGAUUGUGGUUUUAUCAAAGACUCUACUAUCGAAGUAUGGUAUUACAAGGAAUCAGAGGAAAUCGAAGGACCCUUUAAUUCUGUAGACAUGGACAAUAUGCUUUUUGCCAACAAAGUUAAUUUUGAAACCAAAGUAGCAUUUAAAGACCCUGAAGAAAAGUAUGUGAGAAUUAAAAAGCUUAUUCAAUUAACCUAUGAAGAUAAGUACAACCAUUUGCUUGAAAAAUCAAAACCAACAAACAAUGAUGAAAACAACAACUAAAGAAGGUAUUAAAAAAAAAAAGAAUUUACUGGAAGCAAUGAAGAAAAUACCAACUUCUCUAGAGGAGUACCACGUUUCACAAAAUAAACAAGUGAAAAUAAUAAUGCUAACAAUAGCAACUAGCAAAAUACUGCUAUUACUAGACCUUAAUUUACUCGUACUAUUUCUGAUGCAAAAAAUUAAAAUACUACUGAAACACCUUAGGUAAAUAGCAAACAAACAGAGCAAAAUGAAAUAAGUAAACCAUAAGAACCUUAAAAGAAUACUGCUGAAUAAAAAAAACCUCAAGAGUCUAAAGAAGAAAUUCAAGCAACUGCUAGUACUACUAAAGCAAAAACUACCAAAGAAGAACAGAAAACUCCUACUAUUUCUCAGCCUCAAAAGAGUAAUGAAGAUAAAUUACAGUAAAAUUAAGAAUCAUUAAAAAAUAACAAGGAAGAAAAAUAAGCUAAGCCUUCAAAGGAAAAUAAAAAACAAACUAAGGAACUAAAAGAAUAAAAGUAAGAACCUAAGCAGGAAGUAAAAGCUUAAGUAGAAACUACAACUGCUGCUACUGUUCCUACUCCUGCUCCUGCAACUUCUGCAAAAUAAAGUACUCUUGUUCAACUUCCAGUAUAAUAAGAAUAAAGUUUAGAAGGAUUUUAAGUCAUUCCUAGCAAAUAAGCAGGAAAGAAAAAAUUUGAUAAAAAAAAUGCAACAAAAAUAUUAGUGACAGGACUUUCAGAAUAAGAAAUUAAAGAAGAAGAAAACCGUAAAAGGCUUGAAGAAAUUCGUCAAAGAGAUCUAAUUUAAUAACAAAAAUUCGCAGAGCAAUAAGCUAAGGCUAAGGAAUAAGAGUAAGCAUUAAAGAAAUUAGAUUAUUUUGAUGAUGAAUCAAAGGUAGAAGAAAUUAUUGGUGAAGAAGAAAAUUUCCCAACAUUAGGAUAGCCAAAUACAAACUAAAAGAAAAAUUAAUUAGUUUCCAACAAUAAGAAGCAACAGGUAAAAGCUUAAAACUAAUCUGAUGAAGAUGAAGAAACAGAUAAAUAAGAACAAGUUAAAUAGGCAUCAAUCUCAAAAACUGGUAAUAAGCUUGUCAAAGGUGGUUAAACUUAAGGUAAAAAUGAUAAAAAGUAAGUAGCCAAUAAGAAUUAAUAAGAAUUUGGAGAUGAUUGGAUAGUAAAUGACAAGAACUCAAAGAAAAAAUAAAGCAAAAGAACUCAAGAAGAAUCAGAUGAAGAAUAUGAAAGAUAGCAAGCAAUUAUUAACGAGCAAGCCAGAUAAGAGAGACUAAAAAAAUAGAAAGAAUAAGAAGAAAAAUAACGUCAAUUAGAGUUAUAACAACAAGAAGAAAAAAGAAAGAUUGAAGAAUUCUAGAGACGCCAAUAAUUUGGAGAUUAAGAUUAUCAUUCAGAAUCAGAAGAAGAAAUAGAUCCUAGUGAUGAGAAAUCUUUCCCAACUCUUGGUGGUUAGGUUUAUAACGGACCUCCUAAGAAAAACCAAAAUUAGCAAAAUAAAACUAAAGGCAAAUUCAACACUACAGCUUAAUCUAAAGCUCUUUACAGCUACGUUAAAACAUUAGAGGAGAAUGCUUGGGAUAUUCAACCUAAAAAAUAACCUAUUAAGUAAUAAUAAUAAUAGAAGACUAAAUAAAGUCAUAUUAGUAAUGAUGAUUUCCCUUCCUUGUGA